GAACCCUCUUCUCAGGGGCCAUAUUGCUCUUCAGCUCCGGCGUACGCAGAAGUGUUAGCUACGGUCUUGAAUCCUUGCUUCCGCCGCCUUUACGCCGUCGUUCAAAGGUCCUGACAUUCUCCAUCAGCAGCCAUGGCGACAGUGAUGCAGAAAAUUAAAGAUAUCGAAGAUGAGAUGGCAAGAACUCAGAAGAACAAAGCGACUGCCCACCAUCUGGGCUUGCUGAAGGCAAAACUUGCAAAACUCCGAAGGGAAAUUCUUACACCAGCAUCUAAGGGAGGUGGUGGUGCUGGAGAAGGUUUUGAUGUUACAAAAAGUGGUGAUGCGAGAGUUGGCCUUGUGGGUUUUCCUUCAGUUGGGAAAUCAACACUCUUAAACAAAUUAACUGGAACUUUUUCAGAGGUUGCUUCAUACGAGUUUACUACUUUAACUUGCAUUCCUGGUGUAAUCACAUAUCGAGGAGCUAAAAUUCAGUUAUUGGACCUUCCCGGUAUUAUUGAGGGUGCUAAAGAUGGCAAGGGUAGAGGUAGGCAGGUCAUCAGUACAGCUCGGACAUGCAACUGCAUCCUGAUUGUUCUGGAUGCGAUAAAACCAAUUACUCAUAAACGCCUAAUAGAGAAAGAGCUUGAGGGAUUUGGCAUAAGAUUAAACAAGGAACCACCAAAUCUGACAUUUCGGAGGAAAGACAAGGGUGGAAUCAAUCUCACAUCUACAGUUACCAACACACAUCUUGACCUUGAAACAGUGAAGGCAAUUUGUGGUGAAUACAGAAUACACAAUGCUGAUAUUAAUCUUAGAUAUGAUGCAACAGCAGAUGACCUUAUAGAUGUCAUUGAGGGAAGCAGGGUAUAUAUGCCUUGCAUCUAUGCCAUCAACAAGAUUGAUCAGAUUACACUUGAAGAGUUGGAGAUUUUGGACAAACUUCCACAUUAUUGCCCAGUCAGUGCUCAUUUGGAAUGGAACCUCGAUGGUCUACUGGAGAAAGUAUGGGAAUAUCUCAACUUAACUCGCAUAUACACGAAGCCAAAGGGGAUGAAUCCAGACUAUGAAGAUCCUGUCAUAUUGUCAUCCAAGAGACGGACGGUUGAGGACUUCUGCAAUAGAAUCCACAAGGACAUGCUUAAACAAUUCAAAUAUGCACUGGUUUGGGGUUCAAGCGCGAAACACAAACCCCAGAGGGUGGGCAAGGAGCACGAACUGGAAGAUGAAGACGUCGUACAAAUCAUUAAGAAGGUGUGAUUUCAGAAUUUAAUAUAUCAGAUACUCUCCGGUCCAUGUGUUAUACGAGGUACCAGCCCUGAAGCUCGGACUUCAUUUUUCUCGAAUUCAAUAUUUAUUCACUGUGCUACGUAAUGUGUCGACGUUAUGGUCAUGAUAUAGCUGCUGAUACCCUUAUAUCUAGUCUAGUGGAAUUAGAGGACACUGUAACUAGGCAAAAUCAGUUUUAUGGUUAGAUAUCUGCUAGAAAGCAAUAUCACUUUGUUAUAUUUUGCAUGUAUGAAGAAGGUCGUGUUUUUCUCGGUAUUUUCACUAUGUUCCGUGGUCUGUACUUACAAGGCAUCCCAUGUGAAAUUGUAUUAAGCUCCGUUUGAUUAUUGAUUUGGACAAUUUUGUAUCUGAGUUAAAUUUUCCUAGA